GGGCAUUGUGCAUAUUCACGCAAGCAAACACUUAUACACCACGCUACACUAGUGCACACACACACACUAGUGCAAAUACACUCUCUUACACACACUUAGUUAUAUUCAGCCAUAUCAAGCACAACUGGAAAGAACUCACACCCUCAGCACACAUUCACAUGCAACAUUCACCCCAUCACUCACACUCACUUGUCACACCCUCAGCACACAUUCACAUGCAACAUUCACCCCAUCACUCACACUCACUUGUCACACCCUCAGCACACAUUCACAUGCAACAUUCACCCCAUCACUCACACUCACUUGUCACACCUAGGCUGUGCUGGGAUGGAGGCGCUGGACAUCUCUAAAAGGGACCCUCAGGAUGACUUCGAGUUGAUUCUCCGACUGGGCAGUGGGAGUUACGGGGAAGUGUAUAAGGCCCGGAAUAAAACAAGUGGGGAACUGGCAGCUGUGAAAAUUGUCAAGAAAGAGCCUGAUGAAGAUUUCUCAGUGAUUCAGAAGGAGGUCCUCAUGGUCAGAAGCUGCUCCCACAAAAAUAUUGUGGCUUAUUAUGGGAGUUACAUACGAUUGAACAAGCUAUGGAUUUGCAUGGAAUACUGUGGAGGCGGGUCUCUGCAGGAUAUAUACCAAGUGACAGGAGCCCUCUCAGAGCAUCAGACAGCCUAUGUGUGCAGAGAGACCUUGCAGGGUUUGUCUUAUCUACACAAACAAGGGAAGAUCCACAGAGACAUCAAGGGAGCAAAUAUCCUUCUAAAUGACUGUGGAGAUGUAAAAGUCGCGGAUUUUGGAAUCUCCGCCCAACUCACUGCCACUUUCGCCAGAAGAAAUUCCUUUAUUGGGACGCCUUACUGGAUGGCCCCAGAAGUUGCAGCUGUGGAAUUGAAGGGGGGAUACACAGAGCUCUGUGAUGUUUGGUCUUUAGGGAUCACAGCUAUUGAGGUAGCUGAGCUGCAGCCUCCUAUGUUCCACUUGCACCCGCUUCGAGUGCUAUUUUUGAUGUCAAAGAGUGGUUAUCAACCUCCCAGACUGAAGGACAAAUCCAAAUGGUCACCAGCUUUUCACAACUUUAUCAAGGUCGCUCUAACCAAAAACCCAAAAAAGAGGCCAAGUGCAUCAAAGCUACUAUCACAGCACAUGUUUAUGGCCCAGUCUGGACUCAAUGCUUCCCUAACACAGGAACUUCUGGAGAAGUUGAGGAACCCUGAAAAGCUACAAGAUAUCCCCAACCCAGAGGAAGAUGAAGAGAGAGAGGUCCUGACAACCUUUUCUCGUAUCCUUUCCAAAAACCGUCACCCUAAAGCCGCACGCUCUGCCUCGGACAUCCAAUUGCGGCAGACAAGGGAGGUGGCCACUCCUGGAGUGAUAUUGGACCAAUCAGAUUUCUCGUAUUACAGUGUGAGCCAUGCGCCAACCACACAAGGAUCUAAAAUAAGGGGAGGUGAGAGCUUCUCUUCUGAUGAUGACGAUGAUUAUGAUGAUGUUGACAUCCCAGCCAAUAAUGCGGACACCUUGCAAAUCAAUGAGUCUCCUCCUCCUUUACCUCCCAAGCCAAGAUUCCGCACCUCCUCCACAGAGACAAAAUGUUGUCCGGACAGGCUCCACGCUCCCCCAACACUUGUACGCUGCUCUAGUGGGCCCAGUGUCCCUAGGAACCCGGGUCAUGCUUGGCCUGAGUGUCUGCGCGACCCUCUACCAACUGCCAUCUCAGAGCCAUCCCUGUUGUCACAAGAUCUUCCAUCAGGACUCCCGCCGACUCUGCCCCCUAAGAAAGGGAAGAGACAGGCAGGAAUCAUCUUCAAGAAAGUGUUCAAUGGAUGCCCUCUAAAGAUCCACUCUGCCACGUUUUGGAGACACCCUACCACAAAUGACCAGCAUCUUAUUCUGGGGGCUGAAGAAGGAAUAUUCACGUUGAACCGCACAGAAUCUCAGGCCUCUCUGGAUUUGCUGUUUCCUGGCCGGACAGUAUGGGUUUAUGCAAUUAAGAACGUGUUGAUGUCAGUAACUGGCAAAACAUCACAUCUGUACUCUCACAGCCUUCUGGCGUUGCACGAGCACUCUCGGAAAGAAUCACGUCUGGUCCACAUUCCAACACAUAUACUCCUGCCCAGGAGGAAGCCCACAUCCAGUAAAGUGCCUGACACUAAAGGCUGCAAGAGUUGUUGUGUGGCUCACAACUCUGAACACAACAGGUGCUUCCUGUGUGUGGCCCUUGAAUCCAGUAUAUUAUUGCUUGAGUGGUAUGAGCCCCUUCAGAAAUUCAUGCUGCUUAAGCAUUGUGACUUCCCCUUGCCAAGUCCGCUGAGGAUUUUCCAGAUGCUGGUGGUGUCAGGGGAGCCAUACCCAUUGGUCUGUAUUGGAGUCAGUAAGAAGUCACCAACUGGCAGUGGGGUCAUAUUCAAGACCAUCAACCUCAACUCCCUAACCUCCUGGUUUACAGAUUGUGGAGCUGACAGCUCCUGGUCGGGCCCUCUGCAAGUGACCCAGUGUGACAGUAACAAAGUGAUGGUGCUCACAGAGAACACACUAAACUUUGUUGACCUCAGUGGAGAACCACUUCAGAACUCUGCCAUUCCAGAAAUCUUUUUCACCUUUUCAGUGGAGUCUGUUGCUGUUUUUGGAGAUAACAUUUUGGUGUUACGGAAGAAAGGAUUCCAGGUGUUAAAUAUCCAGUCUGCAGAGGUUUUAACUGACUGCCGUGACCGUAGUUUACGUCUGUUAUCUUCAGACAGUGGGACCAUUGUUGUUGAAGCUGACAAGUCAGAGGAAGGUAGCACAAAGAUAAAGAACUUGUACAUCCAGGAAUGAUCAUCACCUUUUAAUUUCUUUAUAUUUUGGACUAAUAAAGUCAAUAUUUGACUGUGUCAUGAGCAGUGCCCAGAUGGGUAUACAAUCUCAUGUUCUAGGAAUUGCCUGGGAAAAGCACAGAACAAGCUGUGGAAACCUUGGGUGACCAUGAGCGGAGAGACCGUAUGGCCUGCAUUAACUACUUUGACCUGAUUUGUUCAGCAACCCAGACUAUAGACAGUUUUUUCACUGCAUAGACGUCAUUUGAUGGCUCUGCUUCCAGAGCGGGAUUAUGGGAGAUGUUAUAUGAAUGUCUGAGCAGUAAAUAAAUUCAUGCACUUUUAUAA